AUGCCAGCCGCCACGCCCACCGCCGCCACGCCCACCGCUAAGCAACCUGCUAUUUGCGACCCCUGCAGAGCACUUAGUGUUCAGACUCCUCUCCUACAGCGAAAAGACACCUGUCUCCACGUCGCAAACCUUCAAAGAUACCAUUGUUGGAUAUAUGAAGAAGCCCUCGCUGUUGCCCUUGAGCGACAACGACAAAUCCUCGCCGUCUACAGCGAUCACAACCACCCCGACAAUGUCAAGAUCACUGCCGCCAUCGCUUUCAUCGGAGACCACCUUCUCAAGGUCCCAGCCCUCAGGCUCGUCUUGUGGACUGACGUCAGGAACACCCUGGCCACCAAGUACGACCUAGAGGCAUAA